CGCCGUCGCCUCUCUCUUCCCUUUUCUACGGCUCUUAAUCGCUUGAAGAUCGACCUUCCCCGCUGUUGAAUCCGUGCUCCAUCUCGGAUUCAUCUGCUAAUCCAAUCUCUCUCUUUCACUCCAUCUCCUCGACGUUCCAGCGAUCUCUCUGGCAGGCAGAUAUGGCUGGAUUGGCACCUGAAGGAUCACAAUUUGAUGGGAAGCAAUAUGAUUCCAAAAUGAACGAGCUACUAAACGCUGAUGGACAAGAAUUCUUCACAUCGUACGAUGAGGUUCAUGAAAGUUUUGAUGAUAUGGGACUUCAGGAAAAUCUUCUUAGGGGCAUUUAUGCUUACGGUUUUGAGAAACCCUCUGCUAUCCAACAAAGAGGAAUAGUCCCCUUCUGCAAAGGACUUGAUGUCAUUCAACAAGCACAGUCAGGGACCGGAAAAACUGCAACUUUCUGUUCUGGAAUUUUACAACAGCUCGAUUAUGGUUUGGUCCAGUGUCAGGCCUUGGUACUAGCCCCUACCAGAGAAUUGGCACAGCAGAUUGAGAAGGUUAUGCGAGCCCUUGGUGAUUAUCUUGGUGUUAAAGUUCAUGCAUGUGUUGGUGGGACUAGUGUAAGGGAGGACCAGCGAAUUCUCUCAAGUGGGGUGCAUGUUGUGGUGGGUACACCAGGUCGCGUGUUUGAUAUGUUGAAAAGGCAAUCCCUUCGCCCUGACUACAUUAAAAUGUUUGUCUUGGAUGAGGCAGACGAAAUGCUUUCCCGUGGAUUCAAGGACCAGAUCUAUGAUAUCUUCCAGCUUCUCCCAUCGAAAAUUCAAGUUGGUGUGUUCUCUGCCACAAUGCCUCCCGAGGCCCUAGAGAUCACCAGGAAGUUUAUGAGCAAACCGGUUAGGAUUCUUGUUAAGCGAGAUGAGCUUACCUUUGAGGGUAUUAAGCAGUUUUAUGUCAAUGUUGAGAAGGAAGAGUGGAAGCUAGAUACACUCUGUGACCUCUACGAGACACUGGCCAUCACUCAAAGCGUUAUCUUUGUGAAUACUCGUCGCAAGGUUGAUUGGCUCACUGACAAGAUGAGGAACAGGGACCACACUGUCUCAGCCACGCAUGGAGACAUGGACCAGAACACUAGGGACAUUAUUAUGCGUGAGUUUCGUUCAGGAUCCUCCCGCGUGCUCAUCACGACAGACCUCCUGGCUCGCGGCAUUGAUGUCCAGCAAGUCUCGCUUGUUAUAAACUAUGACCUACCGACGCAACCGGAGAACUAUCUCCAUCGUAUUGGACGAAGUGGGCGGUUUGGGAGAAAGGGGGUUGCUAUAAACUUUGUAUCCCGUGACGACGAGAGGAUGCUUUUUGAUAUCCAGAAGUUCUACAAUGUGGUGAUUGAGGAGCUGCCUUCUAAUGUUGCGGACCUCAUCUAAACCAUCUCCUUUCUUGUGUUGUGAGAUGUAAACAUUUUAUGCUUUUGUAGGAUUGUGUUGGUGUUCUAACGGUAUCAACUUCAUCUAAUUUUUGUGGUAAUGUUUGAACCAUUAGACUUUUAUUUAUUACAAACUUCAAUUGUUUUGCAGAUUUA